AGAAGCGGCGAGCCGAACGCUUCAUCAGCUCCGGCUUUUUCCUGGGAAACCCUUGAAUCCUUUCUCCCCGCCGUCUCCUCCUCACCCCACCCCACUUCCCCACGCGAGCGGCGGCGAUGGCCAAGAAGCUCGGCAAGAAGGCCCGCAAGUUCGCCCACAAGCACCUCCAGGGCGGCGCCAAGCGCAGCCGCAAGCUCCGCUCCCAGUUCAACCGCCGCACCCGCAAAGAUGGGAAGGGUCGGGAGGACGACAACCGCCUGAACGGCGACGGCGGCAGCGAGGAGACCCACCGCAACGACCCCACCAUGAACAUGAACGAUGAUGUAGCUACUUUGGCCAACUGCUUAGAGUUUCCAGAAGAUGAGAAUGAAUUAGAUGGGGAUCUAUCUGACAGUGAUGGCUAUCUUUCAGAGGAUCCUGAGUGUAUGUACUACUCUGACAGUGAUGAUGAUAAUGUUCUGAAAGAGUGUAUUGUACAAGAUGAUCUUGACGAACAGAACAAUGAGAUGCGUUUGGCUGUGAAAAAGCAAAAGAGAAAGUUGAAGAAGUUGUUGGAUAAGGACCCUAAGUUCGCAAACUUCCUUGAGAAAUGGCAAUUGGAAUUGGUGAACUUUGAAAGUAAAGAAGAUUCAGAUGAACAAGAUGAGAUGGAUUCUGUGGACAAUGGGGUCGAUUCUGGUGAUAAAGAUCCUCCUAGUGAUAAGAUCCUUACAAGCAAGACAAUAAGUGAAUGGUGUCAACUAGUCUUAGAUGAACCUAAAGCACCUGCUCUGCGUAAUCUACUAAAUGCUUUCCGGGAUGCAUGUCAAUUUGGUCUGAAUUCAAAUAGCCUUUCCAUGCAGAGACUUCAAAGUACCGAAGUAUUUUAUCAGAUAAUAUCAUUUGUUCUUUCUAAGACAGACAACAUUUUCCGUGCUCUCUUAGAAAUUUCUGAUGAUGACAAGGGGAAACUUAUGAAUCAGAGAAAUGGAAAGAAAUGGCAAGAUAUUGAGCCGCUCAUAAAAUCUUACUUGCGGAAUUCUCUUGAUCUGAUUAGUCAACUUACUGAUAACCAAAUACUUACCUAUGUCUUGACUCGGCUUAGAACAUCUGCGGUAUAUUUUUCUGCGUAUCCCUCAACAUCAAGGAGGCUUCUCAAGAUGUUAGUUCGCUUGUGGGCAAGUGGUGAUCAGAACUUGUCCCUGUCUUCAUUUCUUAUGAUUCGAGAAGUGGCUUCACUCUUACCUGACUGUCUGGAUUUCUGCUUAACUAAAACAUAUAAUGCAUACCUUUCCAGUUCCAAGAUUGUGGACAACAGAAAUAUAGAAAAUAUUGAUUUCAUUCUGAACUGUCUGGUGGAACUUUAUUCUCUGGAUAUUCAGAAAGCAGGUGAAAGGGCAGUAAUUUCUGUGGGACAGUUGAGUGCUAUUCUUAGGCAGGCGUCUAAAACAAAGGGAAAGGAAGAUCUUUUGAAGAUAGAUAACUGGCAGUAUAUAAACUGCAUAAACCUAUGGGUUAGGUUUAUUUGUGUUAAUUACAAGGAUUGCCACAACCUCCAUCUAUUAUUUUCUUCAGUUGUUCAGAUAAUAAGGGGAGUGGCUCAUUUAUUGCCAGGCAUGCGAUACUUGCCACUGAGACUGAAGCUUGCACAGAUGCUAAAUGAGCUUUCGAAUUGCAGUCAGAUGUUCUUUCCAGUUCCAUCGUUGAUAUUUGGGUCCCUAGAAUUUAGGGAGACCCCUCAGAAAGAACAAACAGAAAAGGGGAAGACCCACUUUUCAUCAAUACUGAAGGUGCCAAGGAACAUGCUGAAAUCAAGAGAUUUUCAAGAGCAGUGCGUUCUUUCAGCAAUCGAGGUUCUAUCGGCACAUUUUUUCCAGUGGAGCUAUCAUGUUUCUUUUCCAGAAGUAGCCACCAUUCCGCUCAUCCUCUUGAAAAGAUUGCAAGAGCAGACAACGAUUGAGUCCCUCCGCCGUCCUCUUAAACGAAUGAUAGACCAGGUGAGCGAGAACAGGGAUUUUGUGCAAAGGAAGAGGGAGGUGGUCUCUUUCUCACCAAAUGAUGCAUCGUCAGUCGAGAGCUUUCUCCAGGAGGAGGAGAUGAAUGGAGGCGCUUCCUUCACGCAGUUCUACGCAUCAGUGGCAAAGAGUCGUCAAUCGAGAGGGAGAAAAUUGGUGUAGAGGGCGAUGCUAGGGUGUGAUAGUUGUUGAUUGGCUAGAGGAGUAUCACGUGGACGACGAACUGAGGAACGACUCGAAUGUGCACACAGUGGUAUCGAUGACCGACGUCGGAGUUUCUGGUUUUUUCUUGCUGUUUGUCGGUGUAGCUCUCGAGUUUGUCGAAACUUCUACCGGUCGAGUAGAUUUGGAGUGUGAAACAAAGGAGCUUUGUGGCGCUGGAAUUCUGCAGCUGUUUGUUAUGAGUAUAUUGUUCGAGCUCAUUUAUGUUACCCAAAAUUUAACAUUGACCAUAUAUUUACCCUUGUCUAAUGUAAUAUUCUUGGGAAAUAUUAAGUAGCAGACGUUCCCUGUGAAGGAACUGCCAGUGAACUACC